AUGGAUUUUGAAGAUUCCGAAUACAACGAAACCCAAUCCAACAACCCUAUUGUUGUGAAAUACCGUAAAUGUGUUGCGUUAUAUGGAUAUUAUUUAGAUAAAUGUACGCCACAUAUCCGUUGGAGAUGGAUUGCACUAUUUGUAUCGAAUGUAUUAUUUUUCUUACGGGUUGUUUAUGGACAAGGGUGGUAUGUGAUUUGUUACAGUUUGGCCAUUUAUCUAUUAAACCAAUUUCUUGGGUUUUUAACUCCUAAAUUUGAUAUGUCAUUACAACAAGAUGAAGAGAACAAAGAAUUGGAAUCUGGGGAAAGAAGUGAAGAAUUCCGCCCCUUCAUUAGAAGAUUACCUGAAUUUAAAUUCUGGUACAAUUCGAUGAGAGCCACAUUAGUUUGUGUGGUGAUGUCGUGUUUCCAAGUAUUUGAUAUCCCUGUAUUUUGGCCCGUGUUAGUUGUUUAUUUUAUCAUUUUGUUUUUCCUAACAAUGAGAAGACAAAUCCAACAUAUGAUGAAAUACAAGUAUAUACCAUUAGAUAUUGGUAAGAAAAGUUAUGUAGCCAGGAAUUAA